AUGGCGGCAUCAGUAGCUUGCUCGUCGUUCUUCUUCUUCGACGCCGAGCCGCUCGGCGAGGCCGGCAUACCGGCGCUGGACGCGUGCGCGCUCUGCACCAAGCAGCUCGCCCGGGACAGCGACAUCUUCAUGUACCGAGGUGACACGCCCUUCUGCAGCGAGGAGUGCCGCGACGAGCAGAUGCAGCUCGACGCCGUCCGCGCCAGGCAGGCCGCCCGGCGGCUGCGGCAGUACGCGUCCGGGACGGAGGCGCGGCGCGGGCACCAGGAGACCAGGAAGGUCUCCGUCGUCAGCUGA